AUGGAAAAAAAUCACAACAUUCUUAAAUAUGGCAGCAGCUUUAAAGUGAGCAAAGAGCUAAAAUCGUACAUGCUGAAAGCUUUGAAGGAAUAUCAACACGGUUUUGAAAAGACAUCAACGAAAAAUUGCAACUUGGAAAAUAAUAUAAAUUUAGUUAAAGAUUUAAAAAUCGACGAAGAUGAUGAUUAUAGUGAAGAUAUUUUUUUGAAAAUACAAAAGCAGUUCCACCUGUAUGAUUUUUUCAACAUAUCUUUAUUAUUCCCAAUAAAAAUUUUUAAUAAGAAUGGAAAGACAUUAGUGCAGUUAAUAUCAGAAGACAAUACUCAAAGCGACUUAGAAUUGAUACAAGCUGUUCUUAAGAAUAUAGAACAGAACGACUUGAAUAAAUUAAAUUUUUUCAAUAUAGAAAAUAUAAUAUUCGAAUUAUUAGAUGAAAUAAUAAGACAAAUAUCUGUAGAAUGUCCGAAGCGUGGUUUUGCCUUGUUAAUGAUCAAUAACGAAAUACAAAAAAAUGUUAGCUACUACAAAAAUUUAAUUGAUAUCAUAGAGCACAAUAACGAUAUGAACAACCAAAUUUUUAAAGAAAAGCUAAACCAGUACAAAUUAUUUCUAGAUCAACUAUCAGUAGAAGAGGACGAACUAAAGGAUAAACUCAUCGAUUUGCAGAACGAACUGCAGCUUUUAAAGAACGAAAAUCAAAAGAAAAUGCAAGAAAACAAAAAUAAAAAGGAAAUACAGUACGAUUUGUUAAAGCAUAAUGAAUCGUUACUUGAAAAAAUUAAAGAAAUUUACGAUAAGAAAGGGGAAAUUUAA